GACACGAAAGUCUCUUCUAAAAGCUCUUGUUCGUCUGAGAGUUUACCUUCUCCCUCGUUUCUCAGUUAGGCCUCGACUGCCCACCAUAUCCUCUAGAACCUUCUCUAAGUAUACACCGAACCAUAAUUUGUUUAAAUUCAAAGGUGUAUUGAUGCACGGACGUCGUAUGGAGUUGCUACUGAAUACUAGUCAUUCGCAAAAACGAUCCGUUUUCGGCGAGAGUGGUCUGGGAACCUCGCCACAAGCAGCGAAUAUACCCAGGCAAGGAAAAAGCACCUGUUGCUAAAGGAACUUUAUCGGGAGGGAAACUAAAGGGCCCGAUAAGGCAGUGCGAUUGAGGACAAGCGAUUAACGGUGUUUGGUUAGCAGUGUUUGGUUCUGCUCAAAACAGACUAAUCCACAAUUUUGACAGCCAAACAUAUUAUCACUACGCCAGCAAAGGUAGCACCGUCUUUUGUCUGUUGUAUUUAGCUAAACGUCUAGUAAGAUGCUGUGGCAACUGUUAUCAGCAACGGGCCUUUUUCCGGAACAAGACAACCUGUCGUAUCUCCCAGAGUUCUCUGAGGAAAAGGUCAGAGAGCACGCCUCUCCCUCGGACUGCUGGAUCAUCAUUAAUCAACUCGUCUACGAUGUAACUGAUUUUCUGGACAAGCAUGCUGGUGGAACGGAAAUCCUGUGGGAACACUUGGGUUACGAUGCAACUUUAGCUUUCAUUCAAUCAGGGCACUCUGGGGCUGCCUAUAAGAUGCUUGCCAAGUUCCUCAUUGGGAGGCUGCGUCAACCUGAAGCUCAUUGACCAUCCUCCUGAAAAUCAGAUUCGAAGUCGAAAUCGAACCUAAGUUUUCGAUUUGAAGUCGAUCUGAAGAUAGUGUUUUAAUAAGGAAGGCUGUUGAAAAAUUGCUGAUGCUGCUAUAGUAUUCUACAUGGUUUGUAUUUAUAACGAUGAAAAAAGCGGCCACGAUUACGGCCAUCAUUGCGAUCCAUGUCUCAUCGGAGAGAUGCAUGAAUCAGAUAAAGAACUGGGUUUUGUGUUGCCAAACAAUGGGCCCUUCCUUUCCAGGAGUGUAUGCGUUACGUUGCAAUAUACUACACACUAUAGAAUAAAAGGUGGUAUUUAAUUAUACACAAUUUA